AUGCUCAAUUAUAACUUGAAGAAGUUUUCCAAGCAAACAAAACAAUAUGACCCUCUUGUGCAAAAAGAAUACAAGUUCAGAGCAAAAACCAUCUCUCCAAAGCGUGUGAUUACAUCUGAUGAUGCAAAAAAGGAGCUAAGAAAGGUUCAAGUAGAGCUUUAUCAAUCUAAGCUUCAACAAGAUAAAUCCACUAAUUUCAACCCUUUAAAUAUUUUAAAAUAUAAUAUUUUGUCAAUUUUUUUAUAUUUUUGAUUGAAUUAAUUUUUUUAUUUAUAAUUUUCUUCAUAUGCAAAAAAUAAUAAUAAAGUGCGCGGAAGAAUAAGAAGCUAACGUCCAGUUUUCUAACUUUUUCCCGAGAAAAUCAAGACAAAAAUACAGUAAUUUUUAUUCAGUUGCGUCCAACUAACGUAGACAGCCCUUCGUCAACUCGCUAUAAUCCCAAAUUAGACCUAAUUAUGCCUAGAAUAAGGGUCACUUUAUUAAGAUCUUCGUCAACUGUUCCUAGGAAAUCUAAGGUCCAUCUCCCACCCUGCACCGAAAACGAAGAGCUUAUAUGCAAAUAUCCGCAUAUUCCUAUUAAAUGAAUUUAAAAUUGUUUAUAUUUGAGUCCUAUCCUAUUUUCUUAUAUAAAUAUAAUUAUAUUCGACAGGGAGCAACAUUGUAAAUAUUGGAUCAGCUAUAAAAUAGUCAAUACCGAAAGAUCACAUGACUCAAGGACAAGCUAUAUUGAUGCUGACGUUCUCAAUGAAAAAAUAAAAAAUCGAAGGGAAAAUCUAAGCCCAGCUCGGGAAACAGCAGGGCUUAUUUCAUUUGAAAAACAAACUUCAAGGACUUUUGAGAACAAACAAGCAGAAAUUACUUCGCUAGAUAAAAGUGACUAUUUUCCUACACUCUAUGGGAAAUUUAAGAGGGUUCCAGCUUACGAUUUUGGGAAAGCUUCUCCAAGAAAAACUGAGAAAAAAGAAAUCCUCCCAGAGUAUAGCUGAAGCGAAAAAUUAAUUAGGAAACCUUUAGAUAAAGGAAUCAUUGAUAUGAGCAAAGGAUCUGAUAGGUUUGCAAACAAGACAGCAACUACAUUUGAUUCCAUAAACAAAGAUAAAGUAAUGGUUGCUGUUAAUAUAGGAGGGGGUGGAGGUCAAAUUUUAAAUUGAUAAAAAUAAUUAAAAAAAUCAUUAAUGCUUUAAUAGAAAAAAAAACUUGAUAGACUUUUGAUUUUUUUAUAAUUUAAAUAAAUUAUUUGAUAAUAUUAGCAUUUUGUCUCGACCCCCUCCUUAUGCUACUCCCGCAUUCAAAGGCUUCUUCGCCGGAUUUCAACAAAUCUCCAUCAAGGGAAGUAACAAGUAAAAUGAGAGAAAUGAAGCAAAGAGCAAUUAAUUUUGAUUUUCUAUAGCCUGAGCCUCUUUUUGGAUAGGGUUAUCCAACGUCUCCCGACGCUGGAAGGGGAGUUGAUUCUACCAACAUUUGUUGUUUAAAAAAACUCCCUAGAUGGCAAAUCUCCUAUAUAGAGUGGAUUUGUCAUCUGGGGAGUUACAAAUGUUGGUAAAACCAACUCACUUCCAAUAUCGGUAUAGUCCGUACCAAAAGGUGGCUCGAGCUAUAUAA